GGCAGACAGUAUGAGAAGUAGUGUUUUUUAGUGGGAGUGGAGUAUGUCCUGAGUGGGAGGGGGCAGACAGUAUGAGAAGUAUAGUCAGCCGGUGUGUAUGGGAGUGUGGAUAUUCCGGGUGGAGGACAGUGUAGAUCACACACAGUGUACGUGGGUUAGGGCAGCGUGCUGCUGAGGUCUCUUCCCGUCAGUCGCCCUGUGGGAAUUACACAGCCGCCAGUGGCAGCAGGGAGGGAGGAGGAGGGCCGGAGAACGCUCAGCACCAGCAGCGGCUUAUUAUUAUCCUGAGUGGGAGGAGACCCAGCAGCAGCAGCAGCCGGGACGCUGCGGCCUGAGCUCUGAGCCCGGCCACCAGCGGGGCAUGCCGGGGCAUGCGUGUCACCAGGUGUGCGGGGUGUGACUCCUGACUGAGUGUGAGUGCAGGAUGAGAGCUGGCGGGGAGUGCACCCUGUACUGCCCAGCUUCCUGAUCCAGAAUGGACCCCCCCAUCCGUCUCCUCUUCCUGGGGCUGCUCUGCGCCCUCCCCGCAGCUGCCAGCUCCUCUCAGGAUCUGUCUUACGUGUCCGAGAUCUUCUCUCAAAGUCCCCAGCGAUUGUCUUUUUACAGCUGGUACGGGAAUGUGCGCUUGUUCCAGUUUCGGGUGCCUGCAGACUCUGUGCUGCUCAGGUGGUUCCUACAGGCCUCGCGGGGAAGAGGGGAAGGGUGCGGCAAUGUGGAGAUCACUGUACAUUUCCGUUACGGAGCCCCCCCGGUAGUUAAUCCCUUGAACUACAGCUUUGCCGCGAACACCAGCAUCCCACAUUCCUUUACCAAGACCAUAGUAUUUAGAAAUUCUACACAGAGUAACCUGUACCUGAAUAUUACCAAUCCCACCCCCGGAGACUGGUUUAUUGCUGCCCACCUGCCUAAGGACACCGAAAAAAUAGAAAUCCAGGGUCUCACAGCAUCGUGUACAUACAUCUUCCAGCCAGAGCUAUUUGUUCUCCGAGAAGUGGAUGUGCCAAUCCUACAAGCAGAUUCCCCCAUACAGCACAUUUUACAGCCAGUGAGGAGGCUGGCACGCUACAAGCUCUAUGUUCCUGAAUAUACCCUGGACCUACAGCUUCAACUGCUGAAAUGCGCUUCAAACGACACAAAAAGUGCUUGCCCCCUAAUUGUCACGAUCGGGUCAAUCACUCAGCCGGACUCCACACCCCAAAGGGUCAACUGCAGCGACCGUUCAAACUGCAGCCUCCGCCUGCACUCUCCGCCAUGGGAGAAGUGGCUGAAUGUCAUCGUCGAGAUGUCCCAGGACACUAACUCCAGCGUGGCCUUCGAGCUUCUUUACAACAUUUCAGUCUGUAAACCAGGAGCUUUAGGAUCUAGAACGCUACUUGCGUUCCUAAACUACCUCUCCUCUUCCAAUGAUAACGUCACUUUACGAGUUGGCAAUCAGACCACCAGCAAUACCACUGUUCUGCCUAAUGAGGGCAGCAACUCCUGCCUGCGCAAGUACCCAGUAAUCCGAGAGGACCUGGACGUGGUGUCUGUGAGAUUCCAUCCUAUAAACAGCCCGUCUCUGCCGGUGGUCGCCCGGCUACCCAGUGUGGUUCUGCUCAGUCUGGACUCCGAAAUGGACAGUGGCGGGAUGCUGGUUGUGAAUUUGAAGCUAAAUAAGACCGCUGGGAGCAAUGUGAAUACCACAGUGAUUGCAUGCUUGAGCGCGGCCGCUCCUGUUCUUACAUUGAAUUCUACGCAGGAUUGCACAACAGCUUUCUUUCAGGGUUAUCCUUUCAGACUGUCUGAGCGUACCGCCGAGUGGACGCACAACCUUCCCUACCCAGAGACGGACAGGUGGUACCUAUCUAUGCAAGUGCUGUGCUCAGGGGAUGAGAGUGCAUGCCAGCAGCAGAUCUCCAGAGUGAUUGUGACUGCGUACCUCAAUCCCUGCCUGGAUGACUGUGGUCCCUAUGGAGAAUGCCGACUGCUGCGGAGAAAUGGGUUUCUCUAUGCGGCCUGCAGUUGCAAAGCAGGCUGGGCUGGCUGGAGCUGUACGGAUGACAGGAAUGCACUGUCUGUUGCGAGGCAGUUAAUGGCCGUAAUAUUGCUGACACUCAGUAACCUGCUGUUCGUGCCCACCAUCAUAGUGGCAGUUUCCCAUCUGUACUUUGUUGAGGCUGCCGUCUAUACCUACACCAUGUUCUUCUCAACGUUUUAUCACGCCUGCGACCAGCCUGGAGUAACGGUCAUGUGCAUCAUGGACUACGACACGCUGCAGUUCUGCGAUUUCUUCGGUUCUGUUGUUGCCAUCUGGGUGACCAUACUAUGUAUGGCCAGGCUGAAGAAGACUAUGAAAUAUGUCCUAUUUUUGCUGGGAACGUUAGUUAUCGCUAUGUCUAUGCAACUUAACCGCAGAGGAAUUUGGAACAUGCUGGGUCCUUGUCUGUUCGCUCUGAUAAUCCUGGUGAUUUCAUGGGGCGUCCGAGGGGUGAGGCGUCGCCACUGCUACCCGCCCAGCUGGAAGCGCUGGGUCUUCUUCCUCUUACCCGGGGUCUCCUUGGCUUUAAUCGCUAUUUCAGUCUACGUCUUUGCGGAGACCAGCGCCAACUACUAUUACACCCACAGCCUUUGGCACAUGAUGGUGGCAAUUAGCGUGGCCUUUCUGCUGCCGCCACGCGAGCAAAGCAAAACAACCUGGGCAUGGUCACAAUUUCUGGACUGCGGUUAUAAGAUCUGCAAAGAGGAUCGCGAGGAAUUGUACGUAGUCGCAUGACCCCUUUUACACCCGGCCUAACCUCCAUAUUCCAUCCAACGGGAAGGAGUCCUGGAGUCAGUCCCUUUUAAAGCCGUACUGUCGCACUUUAAUCACUAUUUUGCAUUUCGCUGUAGAAGAGCGGCGCAAAAUGUAUAAAACAGAACACAAGGAAUUUAGGUAAUUUUACGAUUUACUAGAAACUCAGUCGGAAAGGCCGCUAACGGAAUAUCAGACAGUUUUUUAUUCUUUACCUCUGUGAGGGAUAGCAGCUGCAAAUCUCUGAUGGAACCUAAUUUCCUAAUGGUGCUGAAGAAUCACCCGUGAAUUACACACAAUCUGUUGGCCUGGAUGACAUUUUUUAUUCUAUUUUUUGCAUUAUACAAUGAGGUUUUUUUUGUUUUGUUUGUUUUUGGAGAACCUGAGAAAUUGACUAUUAGCUGCAUGUAUCGAUGCCUUAACUAGAUUACCUGUAGUGACUAACGCAUGUGAUUAAUAACCUUUGAAUCACAUGUGAUGAGUUACCGGGAUCCUGCAUUUUCCAAGUAAGCAAUAGUUCCUAAGGUAAGCAGAUGCUCAUUUGGCCAGGUUGAGUGGUCGUGAUUUUGCAUAAGGACAGUAUGGUGGAAGCCAUCGGUUUGUAUCUCCUUGGAAUAAAGUAUGAAUCCAAAUAUGGUGACAUCUAAUUGUAUUAACUUGUUAUCCAGCUCUUCUAAGUAGGAGAACUGCGGGAAAUCCGUGCCAAGAGAGCUCCUAUGUUACUUGCCUUUGCAUCAACAGCCAGCGCUGGUAAUGCGUCUCCUUGUUGUGGCAUCCCCACAUUUUUGCUGUUUUGGGGAUAAUGUGUACAAAGUACAUUUUAGGGGCGUUAUGUGAUGCUCAAGGGGAGAUGUAUCAAACCUUCAAGACAGAUAAUGUGAAGAAGUUGCCAAUAGCAUCCAAUUGGUAAAUAACUGUCAUUUUAAUAGUCUGUGCUUGAUCAAUGAUUAAAAUCUGAUUGGUUGCCACUUUA